CUUGAGAAGUUGGGAAAAGACUACCAUUUAUUACUCCUCUCUCUCUUUCUCUUUUCUCUUAUCUCUUUUAACCUUUUUUUUUUUAUAAGUGAGAGAUAAUUGAACAAGAACGCAAGAACAAUAUGAAUGGGAUGGAAAUGGAAAAGGGAAAGAAGGAGAGUGGUUCGAGGAAAGGUCUCGAAUUAACGAUGAGAGUGUUGGCUUUGGUUCUAACAUUGGUGGCUGCAACAGUACUUGGUGUCUCAAAGCAGACAAAGGUUGUGUCUAUUAAGGUUAUUCCAACUUUGCCUCCUCUUGAUGUCUCUACAACCGCCAAAUCCACUUACUUGUCUGCCUUUGUGUACAACAUUUCUGCAAACGCUAUAGCUUGCGGUUACACAGCGAUCUCGAUUGUGAUUCUGAUAAUCAGUAAAGGCAGAAGAAGCAAAGGCUUGUUAAUGGCGGUUUUGCUAGGAGAUUUAGUGAUGGUGGCUUUGCUGUUUUCCGGCACCGGAGCUGCCGGAGCAAUUGGGCUAAUGGGUUUAAAAGGGAACAAACAUGUGAUGUGGAAGAAAGUUUGCAAUGUUUUUGGAAAGUUCUGUCACCAAGCUGCUGCUUCGGUUGCCAUCACUUUUCUUUCUGCAGUUGUGUUUAUGGUUCUUGUUGUUCUUGAUGCUAUGAAGCUUCCUUAAAUUUUUAAAAAGAAAGAAAUCGUUUGCUGUUUGCUGUUUCUUGUCGUUUUGUGUUGUGUAAAGUCAUUAUCAACAAUCAUGUAACUGUCUAUUUGCUUUUGAUGUUGUUUCUUUAUCAAUC